CGAGGGGUGGAAGCGCCUGAUAGCCCCAGUCUUCGUGGAGCUCCAGGUGAGUGUAGCAGCGGCCCGUUGCUUCCCGGCACCUUACACGUCACAGGAGCCGCGUUCCGUGGUCAGGCCGUAUUUCCUGGGCUUGACCGACUCCUGCGACCCCUGGCUCCGAGCCGGCACUUGUAUGUACGGUGUCCGGGCCGGGAAUCUCCGUCUUCAUUCCGGCCGGCCUCCAAAACAGUCGCUGAAGCGCAAAACAGGGCACAGAAACCUAACAAGCGAGCCGCAUCACGACAUCAUCCACAAAGCUUCUGGGCUGUCGCUCCAACACCCCGAUCGUUCCGACUUUCUGUCCCGGCUCUUUGCGCCGGCCCCCGGAAGUCUGGGCGGUGCCCAUGCCGGCUGAGUCCCACCGGUUAGGGCAUGAUGGAAGGCACAGACAUUCGGACCCCUGGUGAUGUUGCACCGCACUACUCUUACAUCUUUCCAAUCGGGUAUUCCUAUUAUGCCAUAGCAACAUCUUUGACGCCCGCCUUUUACCAGAAGCUGGUCAACCGUUGCUGGAGACGCUCCGGCACUCUCCUCUACCGGCCGAAUCAGAAGAGCUCUUGUUGCCCGCACUACACGCUCCGGCUCGAUUCGAGCCAGUUCAGACCCACCAAGGACCAACGUCAGGCCGUCAACCGUUUCACCCGCCAUGUACUCGGGGAGACGUAUGCCAGGGAGGCGGCCCGGCGGUAUCCUCGACCCCGCGCCGAGGUGAGACGGCGCAACAACGAAUUUGACCUGGUCCAGCGGAUCCACGAGCCAGAGGCGCAAUCGCUCAAGACUCCACCGCUUCCCGCUCACGAGUUCACCGUCACGCUAGAGCCGGAUAUCUUCACCGAGGAGAAGUAUGAGGUGUUUGAAAACUAUCAGCGCAAGGUCCACCAGGAGCCGCCGGACAAGAUAUCUCGCCAUGGGUUCAAGAGGUUUCUCUGUAAUUCACCCCUCCGGCGCGAGACGGUGGUGGGUCCGGACGGCGCUGAGCGUCAGCUGGGCUCUUUCCACCAGUGCUACCGCAUCGACGGCAAGCUUGUGGCCGUCGGCGUGCUCGAUCUUUUACCGGACUGUGUUAGCGCCGUCUACUUUCUGUACCACGAGUCGAUCCACUCGUUGAAUCCCGGCAAGCUGGGCGCCCUGAGAGAGAUUGCCCUGGCCCGCGAGGCGGGCUACCGCUGGUGGUAUCCGGGGUACUAUGUCCACAAUUGUGCCAAGAUGAGGUACAAGAUUGAGUACCGCCCCCAGUAUGUCCUCGACCCAGAAAGCUUAGAGUGGUGUUUGCUUGAUAAGGAGCUCCUAGCGCUGUUCGACAAGAACCACUACGUCACAUUCUCGGCGAGGACGAGGGGCAAGGAGAGAAGUGGUGGGGACGGAGACGUUGGCACAGCGGCCGAGACACAGAACACCGGCCUGGCUGUCCCCGGCGAGAGUGAUGUGGAGCAAGAGGAGCAAGAGGAGUUCCUCCUUGCCAGCAACAUGCCCGGCAUCCCCUCGCUGGAGGAGAUGGAACGGGUCGACAUGGAUGGGCUGGUGCUCCAGUCCGACUUUUCUGACAACUUCAUUGUGGCAUCGCACCUGGUGAUUUGGGAUACUGAGCACGUGUCCCAGUUUGGCACGCUAAAAUCCAGGAUCGCCGAGCUGGUGGCGGCCGUCGGCCCAGACCUGAUUGGCGAGAUCUGUAUCGACUUUAGGAAGGCAAAGUGA